AUGAUUAGAAUCAGACUGAUUAGAUAUGAAUGUCAAGAACAUAUUACUGCAUUAGUUUAUAGAAUAAAUAUCAAAGUAUAUAAUUCAGAUAAACUUAAUUUCAAUGUCUUGUACAUUUUAGGUUACUUACGAUUUAGUGUUUCAUGGAUCUUACUUGUUGUAUUUAUAUAUUUAUUUCGUCAACAUCAACGAGCACAAUUUAAAGAAAAACAUAAAAUGCUUAAUGAAAUAAAUGAUAAUGAAGAACAAUAUGUAAAAGCUCGUUUAGAUGAAUUACCAUCAUGGGUUUUCUUUCCUGAUGUUGAACGAGCUGAAUGGGUAAAUCGAAUAAUAAAACAAGCAUGGCCAUAUGCAAAUCAAUAUCUUGAUAAAGCAGUUUUUCAUGAUGUCAUGAUUCCAAUGAUUCGUGGAACUUCACCAGCUUUAGCAGAUUUUUCUUUUGAAAAACUUGAUCUUGGCGAAAUUCCACCAAGAAUUGGUGGUGUAAAAGUUUAUACGGAUAAUGUUCGAGAUCAAAUAAUGAUGGAUAUUGAAGUUUUUUAUGCUGGUGAUGCACAUAUUAAAGCUAACGUAAAAGGAAUUGUAUGUGGAAUUAAAGAUAUACAAUUCGUUGGUGAUAUACGAGUUAUAUUAAGUCCAUUAAUUAAUACGAUACCAUUAAUUGGUGCUGUUACUUAUUUUUUCCUUCGUAAACCAAGUAUUGAUUUUAAAUUAACAGAUGCUGGAACUUUAGUAGAUAUACCUGGUCUUAAUGAUUUAAUGCUUGUUCAAAUAAAUGAUAUUGUUGCAUCAAUGAUGGUUUUACCUAAUCGACAAGUUUUUCCAUUAGUUUCUGAUUUACAAAUUGGACACUUAAGAUGGUCAAAUCCUCAAGGUGUUGUUCGAGUUGUUAUUAUAAAAGCAAAACAACUUGUUCAAGCUGAUGUAAAACUUCUUGGUACAGGAAAAAGUGAUCCAUUUGUUAAAGUUAAAGCUCAAGGUAAUGUGGAAUAUAAAACAAAAACGAUUAAUAAUUCAACAGAACCACAAUGGAAUGAAGUAUUUGAAUUUGUUGUUGAACAAGCUGAAAGUGAUGCAGUGGAAUUUGAAGUAUAUGAUGAAGAUCCUGGUAAAGAUGAUUUUCUUGGAAGAGCUCAAUAUCCAAUAAAUACAUUGGUUGGUAAAGAAGCUGUCGAUACAUGGUUAACAUUACAAGAUGUGAAAAAAGGUUCAAUAAAUGUUUGUCUUCAAUAUUUUUCUUUAAGUACACAAAAAUCUACUCUUGAUAUUAUUCAAAAAACUAAUAGUCAAAUCGGUAGACAUGAAACAUUGUCUAAAGCACUUCUUGUAGUUUUUAUUGACCGAUGUACUAAUCUUCCUAGUUCAAAAAAAACUCGUCGAGAACCAAAUCCAUUUUGUCGAAUUAAGGUUGAUUCAACUGAACGUAAAACUCAAACAUUUGAAAGUCAAACAAAUCCUUUAUUUGAACAUAUAUCACACAUAUUAUGUUCGAAUCCUAUUCAACAACAACUAACCAUUGAAGUGUGUGAUGCACGUUCAAAUAAUGAAAUCAUUGGCACUUUUCAAUUACCUAUUAAACAAAUAUUUGAUUCGGAAUCAAUGACUAUUGAUUCACAAGCAUUUCCAUUGAAAGGUUUAUCGGAACCGUUAGACAACGUUUCAAUAGUUCUUCGUUUAUCUCUUAACAUUUUAUUUCCUGGAAGUUCAAGUCCGUUAUCAGAAAUAUCACCAACAGAUAGUAAUAAAUCAUUUGAUAGUAAUACAAAAUCAUCAACAAAUAUAGAACAAAAUAUUACCAAAGACUCAUUAACUCAAGCAUCAUCUGAAGGUGUUUCUUCAGGUCUUGUACAUCAACUUAUUUCACAUUCAGAACCAGACAAAAGCUCAUCAUUCGACAGCAAAGCUCAUUUCAUUUCUGAUGAUCCUGAUCUUAAAUCAACACCAUAUGGUAUAAUAAAACUUGGUAUUUGCUAUGCUUUUAGUAGAAAAUCUUUAUCUGUAACUAUACAUACAUGCAAAAAUCUUAUUAAUGUUCAUCGUGACAAUUUACCGGAUCCAUAUAUACGUGUUUAUUUAAUGCCUGAUUUUAAGAAAGAUAAAAAGAAAACAAAAUCUAUUCAUGAUACACUGAAUCCAGUUUAUGAUGACUUAUUUGAAUGGUCAGCGUCAUUAGUCGAUAUACGUCGACAACAUCUUUAUAUAAGCGUUAAAAAUAAUUCACCUUUAUUUAACCAAGAAGAAACAUAUAUGGGAGAGAUUGAAAUUGAUUUAUCAAAUCUUGAUCCGGAAAAAACUAGUGUAGCUUGGUAUGCUUUACAAGAACCAAAUACAAGUGCUGGUGGGGCAAAAGAAGAUCUUGAACAACAAGGGGUAUCAUCAAAAGUUGCAAGUGAAUAUGAUGAAGCAUUAACAAAUCUUCGUAAUAAAUUAAUGGCUUUAGAAAUAACACUUGUUGAUCAAUUAGAAGAAACAAUUCAAACAUUUGAACGCAAUUUAGGUGAAAUGGUUUCGAAUUUUACGGAAUCGAUGCGUGCAAAUUUUAGUCAAAUACGUGAAUUACAAGCGUAUUUUAAUGACAACAUUGUUACUUUAUGUGUAGCUACUGUUGAACGUAUUGUGAAAGGUGAAUUAGAAGAUGAAUUUCCUGAUGAUACACGAGAACUUUUUACUGAUAAAGAUACAAUAACGAAUGCUUGUCAAACAUCCGAUGAAGUUCAUCGAACAAAAAUAGAUCAACGUGAAGAUGAAAUGUUUUCACGUAUAUCAAAUUGGUUAACAACAAUGAUGGAUAAUAUACAUGAAGAAGAAGAAUAUAAACGAAAUCGUAAACGUAUUAUUGAAAUUAGUCGUUUAAUUGAUUAUUUACGAGCUGACAUUGAAGACAUGUAA